CGCUUCUUCAACCAACCCUAUCUUGCCUUCCCAAAAAAUCACACCACCAACAAAACUCAUGGCGGACAAGAAAAAACGCCAAACGCCGACAACGGUUGCGGACAAGAAGAAACGCCGUCGACCCGACCCGAGCUCCGACGACGACACCCAUCACCCCUUCAAGAGCCUCCUCAAACCCGACCCGCUCAUCCUCCAAACCCUCGACGACCUCCGCUCCGCCACCGCCUCCUCAUCCUCUUCUUCCAAAUCCAUAACCCUCGCCGACCUCGCCGUCGGCUCCACUUGCCGCGAGGUCAGCGACCUCGACCUGCCGUCCGUCCAGUCGGAGAUCGAGCUCCAGAUGCUCAAGGUCAUCAAAUCCAUCCUCGACGGCAACGGUUUCGCGUUCGAGGUCCCCUCACGCGCCGCCGCUAACCAGCUCUAUGUUCCGGAGCUCGACCGCAUUGUGCUAAAAGACAAAACUUCCCUCCGCCCCUACGCCAACGUCUCCACCGUCCGCAAGGCCACCAUCACAGCUCGUCUUCUCCAGCUGAUCCACCAGCUCUGCCUCAAGAACAUCCACGUCACCAAGCGUGACCUGUUCUACACCGACGUCAAGCUCUUCCAGGACCAGACGCAGUCUGAUUCGGUCCUCGACGACGUGUCGUGUAUGCUCGGCUGCACUCGCUCGAGCCUCAAUGUCAUCGCCUCUGAGAAGGGUGUGGUUGUGGGUCGCCUGAUUUUCAGCGACAAUGGAGAUAUGAUUGACUGCACGAAAAUGGGAAUGGGCGGGAAGGCCAUCCCGCCCAAUAUUGACAGAGUUGGUGAUAUGCAGAGUGAUGCUCUGUUUAUAUUGCUGGUUGAGAAGGAUGCUGCUUAUAUUAGACUGGCUGAGGAUCGGUUUUACAAUCGAUUUCCGUGCAUUAUCGUCACCGCCAAGGGACAGCCGGAUGUUGCAACCAGGCUGUUUUUGAGGAAGAUGAAGCUGGAAUUGAAACUGCCGGUGUUGGCCCUUGUGGACAGUGAUCCAUACGGGCUGAAAAUUUUAUCUGUUUAUGGUUGUGGGUCGAAGAACAUGUCGUAUGACAGUGCCAACUUGACAACGCCGGAUAUAAAAUGGUUGGGGAUACGGCCCAGUGAUUUGGACAAGUACAAGAUACCGGAGCAGUGUAGGUUGACAAUGACUGAUCAGGAUAUUAAGACAGGGAAAGAAAUGUUAGAGGAAGAUUUUGUGAAGAAAAACCCGAAAUGGGUUGAGGAGCUGACUCUUAUGGUGAAAACCAAGCAAAAGGCAGAAAUUCAAGCUUUGAGCACAUUCGGCUUUCAAUAUCUCUCAGAGACUUAUUUGCCGCUAAAACUGCAGGAGCAGGAUUGGAUAUGAUCCAUGGCUUGAGUUUGGUGGAAGUUUUGUGAUGGUAAGUCAUGGAUUUACUCACAUUUGGCUACCAAGUGCUGUAAUAUCUUUUCAAUUGUUCAAUUGUAAGGAAAAGGAAUGAAAUGAAUGAACAAAGAUUUCGCAACUUCAUUUCGGCUUGGAUGACAAAUUUGUGUUUCUUAGGGGAUUGCAAGUUUGGAAAUUAGUUGAGGCAUUUCUAUUCAGAUUAUGGAAACCCUUAAACCUAUUUCAGUUGUGAACUUAAGGGUAUAAUAGUAUAACAUAAGGAAAAUUGCUUUA